GCGGCUGCAGAGGAGCGAGAGCAGCGGGCAGCAGCACGUCGCCGCGCCACAGUCGCCACAGCCGCCACAGCCGCUACAGCCUCCGCCGCCGCCCCGCGCGCCCAACUGCCGCGGCCCGCCGCCCCCCACCUCUCUCCCGGCCGGCCUGCCCGCCGGUCAGAGAGCGGCGAGCGGCCUCCCGCCCGGCCCCCUGAGGCGGGCGCCCGGCCGGACCCUGAGCCUCGUCCUCUCGCGCUGCGGCCGCCCGCGCCUCCUCGGCCGCCUGUCGGGCAUGAAAACCAAGUUCUGCACCGGGGGCGAGGCGGAGCCCUCGCCGCUCGGGCUGCUGUUGAGCUGCGGCAGCGGCAGCGCGGCCCCGGCGCCCGGCGUGGGGCAGCAGCGCGACGCCGCCAGCGACCUCGAGUCCAAGCAGCUGGGCGGCCAACAGCCGCCGCUCGCGCUGCCCCCCGCGCCGCCGCUGCCGCUGCCCCAGCCCCCGCCGCCGCAGCCGCCGGCAGACGAGCAGCCCGAGCCCCGGACGCGGCGCAGGGCCUAUCUGUGGUGCAAGGAGUUUCUGCCCGGCGCCUGGCGGGGCCUCCGCGAGGACGAGUUCCACAUCAGUGUCAUCAGAGGCGGCCUUAGCAACAUGCUGUUCCAGUGCUCCCUACCUGAUACCACAGCCACCCUUGGCGAUGAGCCUCGGAAAGUGCUCCUGCGGCUUUAUGGAGCGAUUUUGCAGAUGAGAUCCUGUAAUAAAGAGGGAUCCGAACAAGCUCAGAAAGAAAAUGAAUUUCAAGGGGCCGAGGCCAUGGUUCUGGAGAGCGUUAUGUUUGCCAUUCUCGCAGAGAGGUCACUUGGGCCAAAACUCUAUGGCAUCUUUCCCCAAGGCCGACUGGAACAGUUCAUCCCGAGCCGGCGAUUAGAUACUGAAGAAUUAAGUUUGCCAGAUAUUUCUGCAGAAAUCGCUGAGAAAAUGGCUACGUUUCAUGGUAUGAAAAUGCCAUUCAAUAAGGAACCAAAAUGGCUUUUUGGCACAAUGGAAAAAUAUCUAAAUGAAGUUCUGAGAAUUAAAUUUACUGAGGAAUCCCGAAUUAAAAAGUUCCACAAAUUGCUCAGUUACAAUCUGCCUUUGGAACUGGAAAACCUGAGAUCAUUGCUUGAAUCUACUCCAUCUCCAGUUGUAUUUUGUCAUAAUGACUGUCAAGAAGGUAAUAUCUUGUUGCUGGAAGGCCAAGAGAAUUCUGAAAAACAGAAACUGAUGCUCAUUGACUUCGAAUACAGCAGUUACAAUUACAGGGGAUUUGACAUUGGAAAUCACUUCUGUGAGUGGAUGUAUGAUUAUAGCUAUGAAAAAUACCCUUUUUUCAGAGCAAACAUCUGGAAGUAUCCCACCAAGAAACAACAGGAAGCCCCUGGACCCUCCAGAGUCAUUGAGCGUCCAGCUGAGUUGCUUUCAACCUUGAGGUAG